AUGUCGUUCGAGAAAUAUCGAAUAUUGUUGUGGAAAAAUUGGAUAAUUCAAAAGCGACAUUAUAAGAGUGGAAUUUUUGAAAUUCUCUUUCCUGUUCUUCUCAUCAUUUUGUUCACUUGGGUCAAAUACGAUUUCACUAAAAAUUCCUAUUAUAAUGAAAGUAGUGUCAGAAUUUCUGAAAGUUCGUAUAACGAUCUAAACAGAUGCAUGUACGGAAGUUUUGAAUAUGCCUUCGCUUACUCACCGAAAAGUCCUUGGAUCGAAGAUUUUUUUCAAAAAACUUUCAAUGAUAGUAUCAAAUAUGAUCGAUUGGGAAGCAUAACAGCUUUUGAGAAUGCAGAAGCUCUAAAUGAAUUUUUGAUAAAUUCGGAGAAUGAAGAAUUGGUUGGGAUAGAGUUUGAAGAUUCUCUCAAGGAUUCAGUUGACAAACCAAAAGUGUUUAAAUUUGCUCUAAGAUUCUACGACUAUAAUUCUUACUAUUAUUAUCCACAUUAUUGCAUGCAAUCGCUCUUUUAUGAAUUGGAAGCGUCAUUCAUUGACACAUUUGAUCAUCCAGAGUUACCUCAGUUAUACAGUGACAGCAGCAUUUAUUAUAUUAUUUCAAAUGAAGAAGAUUUCUUCGGAAUUCUCAAACUUAUCAAAAUGACUCACGUACUUCAGAAUGUUGCCAUUGAACGUGAAAGUAGAUUAAAAGAAACAAUGCGAAUCAUGGGCUUAUCAAACACUCUUCAUUGGACUGGAUGGUUUACGUCAAGUUUCGUCAUUUUAUUACUUGCCUUCACUCUCGUCGUUAUCAUUCUCAAAUUUAAAAUAAUUUCGGGAACAGCACUCUUGGAACAUAGCAACAUAUUUUUAAUAUGGUUGUUGUUCAUGAUUUACAGCAUCGCACUCAUCACGUUUGCUUUCCUUAUCAGCGUAAUCUUCAAGAAGGCGACAACUGCAGGAAAUUUGGGGACGAUCAUUUACCUCGCGACUUUUGUGUUUUUCUUUCAAUUCAGAAAUUCUUUCAGAUCGAUGAACUACUUUCUUAAGUUCAUUUAUUGUCUUCCUUUAAACACUGGACUUGCGCAAGUCAUUUCAAUUGUAUAUGAUUACGAAAAGGCUAAAAUUGGACUUCAAUUCAGCAACUUAACAUCGCAUAUCAACAGUUCGUCAUUCUCGGUGUUAGAAGUGAUGUUGGCGCUUUUGAUCGCAUCGAUUCUUCAAUUGCUUUUGAUGAUUUACAUCGAACAAGUUUUUGUUGGAACCAUUGGAAUUGCCAGACCUUGGUACUUUCCUUUGUCACCACUUCUUCGACUUUUCAAGAAACAGAAAAAUGUCAGACGACAAUCGAAUGGUGAAGUCAAGAAUGACGGUGAAGAUUUUGAACAAGAUCCAAGCAACAUCAAAGCAGGAAUCGAAAUUAUGAAAUUAAGCAAAUAUUUUGGUCCAUCAAAAGUUGUUGAUAAUUUUAAUUUGAAAAUAUUUGAGAAUCAAAUUACUGUGCUUCUUGGACACAAUGGCGCUGGAAAGACCACAACGAUGAACAUGCUGACAGGUCUCAUUACACCUUCAUCAGGAACAGCUUUUCUAAAUGGACAUGACGUGAUUACAAACAUUUCUGAAGCGAGAAGUUCUCUCGGUUUGUGUCCACAACACAACAUUUUAAUCGAUGAGAUGACAGUAGCGGAACACAUCAUUUUAUUCUGUCGUUUGAAAGGUGUUAAAGACAUGAGAGAAAUUACAGAAGAAAUUGAUAAAUUUGCCAACUUAUUGGAGAUGCAAGACAAGAUGAAUGAACUGAGUAAAUCACUUUCCGGAGGUCAGAAGAGAAAAUUGUCGAUCGCUGUUGCUUUAUGUGGAAAUUCAAGGAUUGUAAUGUUAGAUGAACCAACGAGUGGAUUAGAUGCUGGUGCAAGACGAUCAUUAUGGAAUUUGUUGAUCGAAGAAAAGAAGAAUCGAACAAUUCUCUUGACAACUCAUAACAUGGACGAAGCUGACGUUCUUGGUGAUCGCAUUGCGAUAAUGAACGAAGGAAAACUUCAAACUGUUGGCUCGUCGUUUUUCUUAAAGAAAAGAUUUGGUUCUGGUUACAAAUUUAUUUGUGUUAAGAAAGAAGGUUGCAAUCCAAAUAAUAUUUUGGAUACUUUAAAGGUAUUCGCACCUGAUUCCUACAUAGAAUUAGAUGAUCAAACAGAGACUGUCUUCAUAAUCAAAGAAGAACAUUUGCAUAAUUUCCAUAAAAUGUUCAAAAAGAUUGAAGAUGAAAUUGAGAAUUUGAAGAUUUCAACUUUCGGAUGUUCAAUGACGACACUUGAAGAAGUUUUCAUUAAAGUUGGAACAAGUGCCAGCAAGAGUGAAGAAAAAUCUUCCAACAAAACUAAUUUCAACGACUUUACACCUUCCAGGAAAGUCACGGGACUCAGUCUGAUACUUUAUCAAAUGUAUGCAAUGAUUUGGAUCAAGUUUCAUUACACUCGUCGAAAUUUUUACACAAUCGGUUGGCUGAUAAUUAUCAGCGCACUUGUUAUCUACAUUUUAAUGGUGACACCGAUCACUUUCAGUUAUAAUUCUUACAAUGGAGUGUCGCAUAUUCAAGAUUUAACAUUAGAAGCAUUAAAUGAAACGAUGACCGUUGUGAAGGACGACGGAUCCAAUCCACGUCUCGUUGAAACUUAUGUUGGACUUUUCAGUGGCAAAGCACAAGUUGAAGUUUUUUCUGAUGGCUUUGAAGAAGCUUUGCUGGAAAUGUAUCGAUUAUCUCAAGAAACUGUUGAUGAGAAAUAUUUGAUCGGUGCAGUCUUUAGUGAAGACAUGAUUCUUGCUUUUUCAAAAUACAGAUUUGACUUGUCAUAUUAUACGUCAAUCAUUAGCAGCCACACAAUGAAUCGAGCAAUCUUAAAAUAUGUCGCAGGGUCUGAAUACGAUAUGAGUAUCGCAGAUAAAUUCUACAAGUUUUCUAGCGAUGGAACAACAACACAAACGACGACGACGACAACAACAGAAGAAUCAACAACAAUCAAUGAAGACACUCCAGAAGAUCUUCUUUAUGAGGCUGAAAUCAUUUUAAACUUCAUUUACAUGUUUUUAAUGUUUUACUUCAUUCUUUGUUAUUGGCCAUCAGCUUUCAUCGCAAUUAAAGUUAAAGAACGUGUUAGACGAUCAAAACUACUUCAAUUCAUAAGUGGAACGAAUCGAUUUACUUAUUGGUUGACAUCUUUCUUCAUUGAUUUCGUGACAAUGUUGAUUGUCAUUUACACUGUUGUGGGGAUUGUUGCUUUAAAUCAAAGAGCGUUCUUUAGGACGGGUGAACAAUUGGGAACAUUAAUGGCAGUGUUCUCAUUCUAUAGCUUCACAGCGAUUCCCUUCAUCUACAUUGCAUCAUUUUUGUUUGCGAAACCUGCAACAGCUGAGACUCUCGUCUCGGUUUAUGGAUUAAUUUGUGGAAUUCUUUACGUGGUUUACGCUAGCUUUAAAUUUUUCUGGAAGCUUGAACUUUUCAGUAGUUUUCUUUACUGGAUUUUCAUAUUUCUCGGACCUUUUUCACUCAUUGAUUGCUUUGUGAAAUUGAGUUUCGGAUAUUACAAGGGACAUUAUGAUGACACAGAUUACAACGCUUUCAGAUUUCAUGAAGACAGUCUUGGUACGAACAUUGUCAUGUUCUUCGUGUCAGGAAUUUUUUUCAUUUCGAUUUGUCUUCUUAAAGAUCACUUUUUGUUCGGAAAGUUAAUCUUUAAACUAUUCAAAAGCUAUCAAUAUGUUCCAAAGAAUUCAAAUUCUUAUAUCGAUGAUGAUGUGAAGAAUGAAGAAGAGAAAGUUCAAAAGAUGGAAAAACAUCAGCUUAAGCAAGAAAACUUAUUGUUGAAAGAUUUGUCAAAACUUUAUGGACGAAAUGUGGCUGUAAAUAAAUUAAAUCUUUCAGUUGAUAAUGGUGAAUGUUUUGGACUUUUGGGAAUCAAUGGAGCUGGAAAAACUUCAACAUUCAAAAUGAUGACAGGCGAUGAAAUAAUUUCAAGUGGUGAUGCUUGGAUUCAAGGAUAUAGCAUGGAAAACAGCAUGAUAAAAGCUCAAAAGGCAAUCGGUUACUGUCCACAGUUUGAUGCUUUCACAUUUGAGUUAUCAGGACGUGAAAAUAUGAAAGCUUUUGCACUUGUCCGUGGAAUUCCAAGAAAUGAAAUUGAUAAGAUUUCUAUGAAGCUUGCCACUGAGCUUGGCUUUCAAAUGCAUCUUGAAAAGAAAGCGAAAGAUUAUAGUGGUGGAAAUAAAAGAAAACUCAGCACAGCUUUGGCUUUGUUGGGUGAUCCAAAUCUAAUCUUCCUCGAUGAACCAACAACUGGUAUUGAUCCCUAUUCAAAACGACAGCUUUGGACGAUCAUAAAUAAAAUUAGAUAUUCAGGGAAAAGCAUAAUUCUAACAUCACACAGCAUGGAAGAAUGUGAAGCACUCUGCACAAGAAUAGCAAUAAUGGCAUCAGGUGAAUUCAAGUGCUUAGGAUCAGUUCAACAUUUGAAGAACAAGUUUUCGAAAGGAUACAUUCUCACAAUCAAAAUGAAACAAGACAACGAGCAACUUUUAAAUGAGAUUCGGACACGUGUUCAUAAUACUUUCGCAUCUUCACAAUUUAAGGAGAAGUACAUGGAACUUUUGACAUUCCACAUAACAUCAGUCGAUUUAAAGUGGUCGGCAAUAUUUGGAAAAAUGUUUGAACUGAAAGCUGAGAUGGAAAUAAGCGACUUUUCAAUUACGCAAAUGUCACUUGAACAAGUUUUUCUACAUUUUACUCGUGAGGGACAAUCUUCAAAUGUUGGGAGUGCCAAUUUAAUUCGGGUUUAAAUUAUGACCUACAUUCAUAAAUUAUCCUAAAUUAUUAACAAAAUAGGUCAAGCAGAUAUCCUACUUAAUGCUGCUAGAUUUCUAAAAUUAUCUUUGAACGUGUGAUGAACUUCUCA